AUGGCCGUUGCCUCAAAGACCUACCCGCGAGCCAUCGUUCGGAGGAUUAUAAAGGGCCACACGAGAAAGAGCAUUGGCAAGGCCACAGAUGCGUUGGUUUUCCUCAACUACGCCUUGUUCAUUGAGCAGCUCCUGGACAGUGCAACCCACAAGGCUCGAGGUAACGGCGAGAAGAGAAUCGCAGCCAAGGAUAUUCGGAAAGUUACAUUGACCACCCUACGCCGCUUCAAGGGCUGA